GGUAAACUGGGCGAGUUGCUCCUGUCCCUGUGCUAUCAGCCCAACAUAGGCCGGCUCACGGUGACCGUGAUGAAAGCCAAGGACCUCAAAGCCAAGGACAUCACGGGCUCGUCAGAUCCGUACGUGAAGAUCUGGCUGUCGUACGGAGCCGCGAGAGUGGAGAAAAAGAAGACCAACAUCAAGAUGCGAACCCUGAACCCCAUCUACAACGAGUCGUUCAUCUUUGACAUUCCCUGGGAGAAGGUUCGAGAAGCCACCUUGGAGGUGAGCGUGAUGGACUUUGACAAACUGGGGAGGAACGAGCUGAUUGGUCGUGUCAUCCUGGGUUGUCGGAGCGGACCAAUGGAGACGCGCCACUGGAACGACAUGGUGGCCAAGCCAAGGCAGCAGGUGGCGCAGUGGCACUUGUUGAAAGACUAGACCCACGGGCGGCCAGCUUGGAACCCGGGCUCUCCGCAACUGUUCCGUGGAGACCCAGAUCGAGAAAUGAACCGCCUUUGAUCUCGCAGUGUUAGGGAUUUUUUGUUUGUUUGUUUUUUGUUUGUUUGUUUUGGGGUUUGGUUUUUUUUUUGUGGGUUUUUUUGUUUUGGGGGGGGGGGGGUAAUCAGAUGAAUUUUUGUCUUCGAAACGACCUUUUCGGUGUCUGAUCUGAUUACAACCCAAAUGAGUAUAUCAAUAUAUUUCUCUGUAAAGACGAGAUGAAUGUCAGUCAAAAGUCAAACUGCAGCAUGAAACAAUCUAGAGUCUAGAUCUGUCCCUGUUAAUGUCAAGGCGAGAGAGGUCUCAACUGUGAGACAAUCUAGAGUCUAGAUCUGUCCCUGUUAAUGUCAAGGCGAGAGAGGUCUCAACAGUGAGGCAAUAGGCCUAGAUUACUGAGAAAUAAGUGAUGCAACAAUCACUGAAAAGCACGCAUAUACAUUUACUUUGAUAAACAAGUCUGUAACAGCACAUGGGGAUUAAGUCGAUAUGAAAUUAGCUCGUUCAUAAACAAAGUGUGUGUUUGGAAGUCGUGAUAGUAGUGCGUAGACACUUGACACAUCUUCGAAAGUACAGCACGACCCUGCUUGUAUUUUUCAUUACUUUUUUUUCUUUUAGUUUGUGGGGCAAGGGGCAUACGUGUUGGUACCUCUGUGAAAAUGGAGCCUUUAAAUUAAAUACAGAGCAGAAAUGUAGGCUGCAGAAAAUUAUUAGUUGGAAUCAGGACCUCUUUGUCGCCUUUCCAAUAAACACAUUACAUUAUUUCAAGACCGUUUAUCUACACGUCGAAGGUGUCUGGCGCUGAUGGGUCACGUCCAUGCACGCUCAUUGUCCAGUAGAAGAAGAAAACUAUGCGUAAUGUACUCUAUUAUAGCACCUUUCGAAAAGCUUAUUUAAAAGAAAAUACAAAGUCACCAUAACCUUUUUCGAAACUGCGUGUAAUAUACAUGCAGUGUUCAGUAUGUACUACCUUUUGAAAAAGGUUGUUUAAAAACUAAAAAAGGGAAAUAGUGAGUCAUCUCGUGCGUAAAUACAA